AUGCGUUGGCCAGCGAGGAAGAAGGGCGCUCGCAAAGACGACACAGGCGCGGCAGCCACAGAUCAUGAAGAGGACGGCGGCAGCAGAAAGCAGCCAGCGACUCGGGGGUCGCAUUCCACAGGCGUACGAUGGAUCUUCAACAGGGAGCCCAAGUUGUGCGUCAAUACGGUCUACAUGCUCUUUCUGGCGGCCGGCAUGAUCGUUGCCUGCACGGCCUACAUCUCCGGCUACGCGGCGUCGUACCAGCACCGGCUGUUCGCAAAGGAUGCUACCGACAAGAAAGUCUGCCGCAAUCUCUGCAAGGAGGUGGCGCGAAGCAUCGCCCGCUCACUCAACCGAAGUGUAGACCCGUGCAAAAACUUUUACCGCUUCGUCUGCGACGGUUGGAAGCGUAAACACCCCGUGCGUCGUAACGAAGUGCGAAGCAGCCCCUUCUCACUCGUCGGUAAAGAGUUGGACAAUGUUAUUAAGAAGGCUCUGAACAAAAUCUCGAUCACGGGCAAGAAACAAGGUGCCCUGGAAAAAGCGGCUGUCAUGUAUCACGAGUGUCUCAAUAACUACGACAUGACCAACUCGACCCCAUCUAUGAAGGUACUCAUGGAGCUUCUGCGCUACCUGCAUAUGCCCUGGCCUUCUCUGGAGGCAAACCACACUGUGGACCUGUUCGAGAUCAUCGUGCAACUAUCGCUGCGAUGGUCUAUCCCGAGUCUAUUCAGCAUCUCGGUUAUACCGGACCCGGAAGACACCAAGACAAACGUUCUAGUCAUUAACACCAUGGAAAACCUUGAAAUGGGUUUCCACCAGCUCCAGACAAACAACCAAUCGAAAAACGACACGCAGGACAUCUUAUUCAUGAAAAUGGUACAGAAAAUCGCCGCCAUCAUGGGUGACAACAACACGAACUACAAAUCGCUCGCCGAGAACGUCGUCAUGGCACCCAUAGUCAUCGCCUCCGUAAAACACUUCCACUUCGAGGUGCUAGGCAGGUCCGACGCGUGGCCACCUAAGAAGUAUCAGAUCAAACACUUAGAGACCUUGACGCCGCAGGUGAGCUCUAAGCGAUGGUUGUCUGUCAUAAACAAGUACCUGCCAACAAACGUCCAGGUGCGGGAUACUGACGAAAUUAUCGUCAUGAGCCCAGGUUACCUGUGGCUCGUAACAAGCUUACUGCACCAGAAUAAUACCAUAAAGAUGUUCCACGAUUUCAUAGGUUGGUCAGUUGCCUUUCUUCUGGGACCACUGUCUUCUAGAGAAAUCAGAGAAGCAGUCAGCGCAUACGGCCAGGAAGUUGGAAUGGACUUCACCGAUGUGGACAAGGAAAAACUCUGCCGAAAGGACGUCGAAGAUUACUUGCCGAUGCCGUACGGCGCCAUUUUCGUUCAGGCGUAUACGCCAGACUACAUCAAAGACGACGCUAAGGUCGUCGUCGAUCACAUCAAGCUGGCUUUUGCCUACGCCCUGAGGCUCAACACGUGGAUGGAUGAUCAGACGAGAACGAGGGCAAUGGCCAAAGUGCAGCGAAUUGUCUCGCACGUCGCCUAUCCCGACUGGAUAAAGAACAAAACGGAACUAGACGAAUCUCACGCCGACAUUCCCGACAUAGAGGGUCCCUAUAUCAAGAUUCUCAUGGACCUAAAAGAGGUGUACACGUUCAGAUCACUGUCGCUGCUCCACCAGACCAACACCAGGGAUGAAGAGUACUGGACUUUCAGUCCGGCUACGCUGAAUGCGUUUUACGAGCACUCUACGAACAGUAUCACCAUACCGGCCGCUAUUCUCAAUUUUCCUUUCUACUCGUACGGCCUGCCCCCAGCCAUGAACUACGGCAGCAUCGGUGCCAUCAUCGGCCAUGAGAUUAGUCACGCUUUCGACACUCUUGGCAGUCACUUCGACGACAGCGGCAACCUGCGUAACUGGUGGACUAAGGAGACGAAGAGCAACUUCAUCCUGAAGAACUACUGCUUUGUGCUACAGUACAACAGCAUCUACGAGCCACACAGCAAGCGCUACCUCAAUGGAAAGCAGACCCUGUCGGAGAACAUAGCGGACAAUGGCGGUCUCAGGCAGUCAUUCCAUGCGUAUCGCUUGCACGUGGACGAGCACCCCGGCGGCAAGGAGGAGAACAUUCCUCUGGAGGGCCUCGAAGAGUUCUCUCCGGACCAGCUCUUCUUCAUCAGCAGCGCAUACAAGUGGUGCGCUGACAUCAACCCCAAGGCUGUUAAGAUGAUUAUGAAUUCAGACUCCCACUCACUGGAAGAGUACCGCUGUAACGUGGCCGUCGAGAACAUGGUCGAGUUUGCCAAGGCCUUCCAGUGCAGUCCCAACGAGGAAAUGAACCCGGCGAAAAAAUGCGUUGUGUGGUGA